UUGCAGGAUCAGCCGCUCGAUUUGUCAGUGCCAAAGAACACUACGAUUCCUCCAGAAAAGCAGCAGUACAAUGUGGGAAACGCUGGUCAGUUUCAGGGAGGCGCAAAAACAUCCCCAAGUUUUGAUGAAAAACCUUCCAUCAGUAACGCGAGCAUGAAUGCAUCGAUAUUUCCGAAAUCAGCCAACGCAGGAAUACAGUGCCCGGAAUGUGGAAAACAAUUGGGAAAUACUCGUAGCUUACUUAAUCACCGUCUGCGAUUCCACAACGUGGAAUCGCCCUACGUAUGUAACGUUUGUUCCCGAAAAUGCGUUAGCAAUAGCGAUUUGAUCGCACAUAUGCGAGUGCAUACGGGGGAGCGACCGUUCAAAUGCAACUUGUGUAGCAAAGGAUUCUCUCAGACUGGCAGUUGUCAACGUCAUAUGCGAACACACACCGAUGAAAAGCCGCGCACCUGCGAAUUUUGUAACAAAAACUUUUCUAAUUUCGGUAAUCUGGAAAAACAUAAGAAGAUUCACAAACGUCCAGCAGCGAUGUGA